AUGUUUUACACCCCUCCAAAGCCACCAUCGGAAUUUAAUAAGCCAGCUUCUGUUCCACACAUGCCCACUCCAACACAAUAUGGGAAACCUGCUACAGUUCAUAGGCCUUCACCUGAAGUUUUUGCUGAUUCGCCUAGCACCCAUCCCUCUGACUACUUUGAAAAGCCCGCUUCAUUUAACAGACCCACAACAUUAAGUGUCCCGACAGAGAGUCCAAAAAGGAAACCACCAACCGAGUAUGGACAGCCAGCAGCUGUUCAAAGGCCUUCUUCAACUGAAGCCCCAAGCUUCUUCCCCUCUUCCUACUUUGAGAAGCCUGCUUCCUUUCACAGGCCAACAACAUCACCAGUCCCAACUGAAACACCCAAGGGAAAGCCGUCUUCCGGCUACCGGUAUAAGAACCCAGCAGCAGUACAUAGACCAUCAGAUGGUCCAUUGACAGAAGCUCCAAGCUACUUCCCUUCAGACUACUUUGAAAAGCCUGCUUCAUUUAACAGACCCACAACGUUACGUGUUCCAACAGAGAGUCCCAAAAGAAAACCUCCAACCGAGUAUGGACAACCAUCAGCGGUACAGAGGCCUUCUUCAACUGAAGCUCCAAGCUUCUUCCCAUCUGACUACUUUGAGAAGCCUGCUGCUGUUGGCAGACCUUCUGCUACUGGCACCCCAACCGUUGGUGUCAACAGCCAGGUCCCUUCUGACUACUUUGAGAAGCCUGCUGCUGUUGGCAGACCUUCUGCUUCUCCACGCCCGACUGAGGGUCCAAAAAGAAAGCCACCCUCAAAGUUUGAGCAACCUGCUGCUGUUGAAAGGCCCACAUCAUCUCCUACUAUCAUUGCUCCCUCUUCUCAACCAUCACAGCUGACAAGUCCAGAACCAACUGAAGUGCUCAGCAGUGUACCAACCAGCGUGCCAACAACACCACCUUCUCCAGGACCAAGUGGGAUACCUACUAGUCAACCAACCGAGUUGCCAACCCUGAACCCAACUAGUGCACCAACCCUGGCCCCUUCUCAGAAUCCAACAGACAGUCCAACAAUUGCUCCAACAGAGACCCCUACAACCGAGGGGCCCACAGAGACCCCUACCUUUAAGCCAACUGAGGGACCCACAACAUUGCCAACACAGAAACCAACAGGAAGUCCCACAACAACUCCAACAGGCAAACCUUCUACUGACCGACCUACAGAGACCCCUACAUUGAAACCAACCGAUGGACCCACAACAACCCCAUCACACAAACCAACCGGCAGGCCCACUAUUGAAGUUACUUAUGAACCUACUGAGAAGCCAAGUAAUGGCCCUACAGGCACCCCAACAUUGAAACCAACCAAUGCACCCACUGCAACUCCAUCCCAGAAACCGACCGACAUACCCACAAUUGAACCCACUAACAAACCCACAGCAACACCGUCUCAGAAGCCAACAGAUGUACCCACAGUGGAACCAACUAACAUUCCCACAAAAAUUCCUACCAUCCAGCCUACAAGUGGACCAACAGGUUUUCCCAGUCAUGGGCCAAGUGUGGCAUCCAUGGAGCCCUCAAUUGCAGAAUCAAGCAUACCAACACCAACACAGAAGUUUUUUGCCCCUCCCAAAGAACCCACUCCCAAUGUGCCUUCAACAACAGAGGCACCAACUAGCUUUGCCCCAACCAAAGCCCCAAUAUGCCCUCUGACUCCUAUUGUGAAAAGUGAGAAACCAGCAGCUGAACAGCCCAGUUAUCCAACCUUUGUCCCAACACUUAGCCCAACAUGCCCAACUGAAGAACCAGAAGAUACUGCAAGUCCAACCACAGUCACAGUAUCCAGGGGAUCAAAGGUGCAGCUUGAAGAUGAAAAGCCAGCACAUACACCAUCAGCGGCAGCUUCAGAAUCAGGACAGCCCAUGGAAGAGUUCCCUACUAUCAAGGUUGAGUAUCACAGGACUGAAUCCAAACACAAAUCAGAGUCUUCAGUAGCUGGGCAACCAGGUGUAACAACACCCUCUGAAACAAAGCACCCAGAAUCUCCCUCAGCCUCAAAUUCAAAAGAUCAGGGAAAGGGAACUGAACCAGUUGCACCAUCUGCAGAAGCAGCAAGGCAGCCAGGUCCUGCCACAGUCAGAGUUUCCCAACUCACAGAAGCAAAAGGCACUGAGCCUCCAACGUGCCCUGACAUGCCCUACUCGGGCCAUAUGAUUUCUAAUUGUCCAUCUCCGUCUCCAGAAGCAGGUGCUGAGGAUGCUCACAGGUCACAGCACGUUAAAAUUCAUAGGGAAGAAGAUAAAGAUCAGGACACCUACAAGGACAAUGAAAGAAAAGUGAAUAUUGUCGGAGGAACAUCACAUCUUCGAGAAACACAGUCAGAAGAUGAAGAUAUGGAAGCCAUUGCCGCCAAUGAAAUGGCGGAUAAGCAACAGUCAAGACAGCUUGGAAGCGAAUCAAGUUUGCAGCAGACACUGCAUGAGGAUUGCAUUGCUUCCAUGAUUGUCUAUGAGGAGGACUUUGAGCCAACAGGAGCAGAAAAUAACUGGACAAAUGGAAUUGCCAUGCAUCAUGCAAAUUUUACAAGAUUCCUUGGUCCAUUGGGAGGCAACAUGGAUGAGAACUUCUCACAAACCUUUUUCAUUGCAGAUGGACCAGGUGGAAGCUCAGCUAGCACAGUCACCAUUGAAUUUGUGCUGUACACUAUGGAUGAUUGGGAAGCUGAAAACUUCGUUGAUUUGUUGAUUGGUGAGAGCCUUGUUCGUCUCAGUCAUUUGGGAUCAUCAAGAUCCAGCAGCCGACAAUACUAUGAAGGCUCAAUUGAUGGCAUUUCAUGGUGGCAGAGUGUUCUCCUUUAUGGAGAAAACCUUGGAUUUGGGUCUGCCAAUGAUGCCAAGCACCUGAUCGAGCUUACAGUUCAAGCAGACCACUUCCAGAACAACUCCCUGUUUAUGCUGUUCCAGGUUGAGCAUCAAGGCAUAGUUGCUGGGAUCGAUGACAUGAUGAUUGAAGCCAACUUCAAUUGUUCCAUGACAGAAACGAGUGAAAACUGGCAGCAACCAAAGGUUGAUCCAGAAAUUCCCAGACAGGAUCCUCACUAUGGUUUUGAUGCAGAUGAUGAUGAUGGAUUGGUGCCUUAUUGUGAAUCGGAGGACUUCCCCUGUGGAGUCCUUAUGGUCUAUGUGUGUCACUUUACUUCAAGCCACCAGGGGUUCCGAACACUUUGCAUCCAUGAGGCGAAUUCUCACAUUCUACAGUACUACGUCAAUGACUAUUGUGGUCCCUGCAUUGGCGGAAAGAGCAUGGGUGUUACCUAA